AGGAUAACAAACAAAAAUACGUUGACAUUCGCAACGCUCGUGAGAUUAUCUGGUUGUUAAUUGAUCACCGAAGGUUGAACAAAGACAGAUGAUACUCGCGAGCAUUACGAAUGGCAAGUAGAACGCAUUAAAAAUGAACAAAUCUACGAAUAAUAUUGAAGAGGGGCGUAUUUCUCAAUCUUCAUUGGUCGAGUCUGCUCAACACGCGACCAACUUCAGAGAGCAAUGGGCAUAAUAUACAAAUACAGUUAGCGAUUAGAGGAAGUGGUGUGUUUUGUAUGUGUGCAUAUAUGUAUUAUAUACAGAGGAGACGGAUUUUGCAACUGUACGUAACUGCGGUAAAUCCAGAAUGUAUCGUCUCGUUUUUUAAUGUCGUUCGAUGCGCGAUAACUUACGAUUAUGUGGGUUUUUUUAUGCUAACGAGAAGGAAUUUCGAUUGAACGAUCCUCGAUUGCUAGUGAUUCGAUCAGCGCACACGCACCGUUGCAAGGAAGGACAGGACAGUCUUGGAGAUCGUGAAUGCAGUUCUGGCACACUCUAUCCCACGCAUAUGACGAAUGUUAACAAUUUUAACGUUUUAAUCGCGCAUCGGCAACGAGAACUGGCCAGAUGAAGAUAAUGUCAGAUGAUGAUGCUGCUUUGGAUUCAAUGGAUACCGAGGAAGAGAUAUUUACUUCUCGCAACCGCAGCUUGGAGUCAAAUGUUAGACGACCUAAGAGCCUACGCAAGCUGAGGUCGCAUUCUGGCUCUAAUUCACAUAUAAUUAAUAACAAUUUAAGUGUACGACGUAGUACACGUAAUAGAAUGCAGACUUAUGACAACCUUAAUACUAGCUGGAUUUUAGGAACGCAAACUUUAAAAGGAUAUCCUAUGUUUCAACAACAUGCUUCUUCCUCGGAUAAAGAGAUGGUAGAUGAUGUACCUGGUAGAAAGCGUGAUCUUCGAGAUCGUAUGCCCUUAAGAUCUCGCGAAAAUCAUCCACCUAAUAAAAAUCCGACAAGACAUCUUAGGGAUAGAACGGAACAUGAUCGGCAAAAUAAUAGGGAACUUAGAGGUAGAUCUGAUCGUGAUCUUAAAGAAAGGCCAGAACCAGAAAAAGAUAUUAGUGAACAAACCAGACCAGCAAACGAAGAAAAAGAUACUAGGAGAAAGUCUGAUAGCCCAAGCAGAUUUAGAGAAGGUCCUGUAACCAGAUUGUGUGGAAGUGUAGUUGAGAAAAAUGAAAAGCCCAAAGUAGAGCAAGAUGAGGCGGAUGAUGAUAGUUUGCGAGAAAGUGAAAAGCCAGAUAAUAAUGAUAAUUCUGAAAAUGAAGAUGGAUAUGAGGAUAUGUAUACCCGAAUUAAGAGAACAAGACGCACAGCUCAACGGCAACUGCCUAGAGUAGUGGACAGUGAUCUAUCCGAAUCCUCGGAUUCUCCCGGGCCUAGGAAGUACAGUUUACGUCAAAAAAAACCUACUGUAGAUAGGUUUCAAGCUAAUGUAGAGCCAGUUAGACGAUCUAUUAGAGCUCUAAGAAGCGUUCUCAGCAAUUCAAUGAGAAGAAGAAAGCAUAGAAGUAAAAGCACGAGUUCUAGUGACUCCAGUGACUCUGAGCCUCAACGUUACGACAAGAAGAAGGGCAAAAAAGCGAGACAAUCGGCGAUACCGCAAGGCGGUCCACCAGAUCGAAAAGCUGAUAUAAAUCCUAUUACUUUAGACACUAAUAUUAGAUUUAGCGAUGUUGGUGGUUUGGCAUCUCACAUUCACUGCCUUAAAGAAAUGGUCGUUUUUCCUAUGUUGUAUCCGGAUGUUUUUGAGAGAUAUAACACUACUGCACCAAAGGGUGUCUUGUUUCAUGGUCCACCAGGAACUGGUAAGACGUUGAUAGCCAGAGCAUUAGCCAAUGAAUGCAGUCAAGGUAACAAGAAAAUGGCUUUUUUUAUGAGGAAAGGAGCGGAUUGCCUGUCGAAGUGGGUUGGGGAAUCGGAACGACAAUUGAGAUUAUUAUUUGAACAAGCUCAACAGAUGAAACCGUCCAUAAUAUUUUUUGACGAAAUAGAUGGUUUGGCACCUGUCAGAAGUACCAAGCAAGAUCAGAUUCAUGCCAGCAUUGUAUCCACACUCUUAGCACUCAUGGACGGUCUCAGUGACAGGGGAGAGGUUAUAGUCAUUGGUGCAACAAACAGAAUCGACGCAAUCGAUCCGGCUCUACGAAGACCUGGCCGUUUCGAUCGCGAACUUUUCUUUCCAUUACCUGCUAUGAAAGAGAGAUUAGAAAUUUUAAAGAUUCAUGUCAGUAAGUGGAAAAAUCCACCAUCUGAACAAUUGUUAGAAAUACUGGCGGAGAAAGCAACUGGAUAUUGCGGCUCGGACUUGAGAGCCUUGUGUACCGAAGCAGUGCUACAAGGAUUAAGGAGAACUUAUCCACAAAUUUAUAUGACAAAUGACAGACUGUUGCUAGAUCCAGAUAGAGUCGAAGUAAAAAAACGUGAUUUUAUGCAAGCAAGCUCUAUGCUCGUUCCGUCGUCGCAUAGAGUAGCUCCGUGUGCAGGAAGAAAAUUACAACUUUUUAUGGUGCCAUUGUUAGGACCUCCAUUGGAAGAAUUAAUUAAUUUGGUGAAAGGAAUAUUUCCUCAUGGUGUAAACCCUGCUAUGGCAAAAAUAAAGAAUGCUAAGGGUAUCUAUCGCCCAAGACUAUUAAUCUCGGGUGGCAGUCUAUCUGAAGGUCAGGGACCUCAUUUAGCUCAAGCAUUAUUAUAUUGUAUGGAACAUUUACCAGUCCAAAUUUUGGAUGUUAGCACAUUAUUUGCAGAAAGCGCUCGAUCCCCGGAAGAAACUUGUGUGCAGGUAAUUAAUGAAGCUGCUAGGAAUGUACCGUCCAUAAUUUAUAUUCGAUCAAUUGACAAAUGGUGGCCUCUUGUACCAGAGACAGUGAAAGCAGUUUUCCUAUGCCGUAUUGCAGCACUGGAUCCUUCAUUACCAAUUUUAAUUCUUGCGACAAGCGACGCGACGUAUCAAGAUCUCCCUAAUCAAUUGAAAAACUUGUUCAGCGAAUUACGUGGAGAAGUGUAUUCCAUGAAAACUCCUACCACCGAGCAAAGAAUGAAAUUUUUCCGACAUAUUUUUAUGGUUCAGAGUCUAAGAUCGCCGCAGAUUAAAAGUAACAAAGUAGAAGUUUUAGAAACACUGCCAUUAGCACCGGAUCCGUUGCCAAAGAAACUAACUGAAGCAGAGAAGCGGAUCAUGUACGAGAAAGAUGAAGUAUCUUUGAGAGAAUUACGGAUUUUCCUGAGAGAAAUCUGUGCUAAACUAGCGAGAAAUCGACAAUUUUUCAUGUUUACAAAGCCAGUGGAUACAGAGGAAGUGCCAGAUUACAACUUGAUAAUAAAACAACCUAUGGAUUUAGAAACGAUGAUGACUAAAAUCGAUAUGAAUUGUUAUCUAUGCGCUCGCGAAUUUCUCGACGAUAUUGAUCUCAUAUGCAGAAACGCUCUGGAAUACAAUCCGGACAGCUUACGUGAUAGGCCCUCCCUCGGAAUAUUAAAGAGGGAUCCUGCUGAUAAAUUGAUAAGACAUCGGGCGUGCUCCUUGCGGGAUAAUGCUUACGCUUUAAUAAAAGCCGAACUGGACUCCGAUUUCGAGGAUAAGUGUCGUGAAAUUUCUAAGAAUCGCCGAAUUUUAGAAAGCAAUUGUAAUAACGAGGAAGAAAGCAAAAAAUCAGAAUCUAUCUCCACAAAUGAACGGAUAGAAAAGAAGGAGUCCGUAAAUUCUAGUCAUUCCCUCAUCGUGAACGGAAAGAAAUUCGGUAGUUCGAGAAAACGUAAAAUACCUGCAUGGGCGAGAGGCUACGUGAAGAAAGUUCAUAAGAAGAAAAAGAUCGCUUUCGAUGAAAAUGUUACCGAGGUAGUCGCAAGUAAAUCGCUAAACAAUGAAACUACUACUAGUAUUGAUCUAGAAAAAUUCCAAGAAUUCGAAACCGAAGCGAAUAGCGUUUUAAACGGCCAUGUGGGAUUGUUCGAUAAUACCGAUUCGGAGAACGAUUCGCAAAAUGAAAAUUCAAAGGAAAGCCAAAACGGCACUGUUACAGAUCAACGAAUUGAUAAUCUCGACCAAAUGGAAUUAUGUUUCAUAGAAGAAGAUAAACAUAUUGGGAACGGACUUGCUCAAGGAAGUGGAAAAGUUUACGGAGUACAAGCGACAGUGUCAUUAGAAUACAUACGAUACAAAAUUUUUGAAGAAAAGAAAAUGUCUGUCGCGAAAGAUUUCUCGUGCAUCGGAGGGCUGGAGAAGCACAUUAGAAUCGUGAAGGAGAUGGUCCUGUUUCCGCUGAUGUACGGGGACGUGUAUGCUAAGUUUAAUCUCAGACCGCCUCGUGGCUUACUGUUCUACGGCCCUCCAGGAACGGGAAAGACCCUCGUAGCCAGCGCUCUAGCAACCGAGUGCAGCAAUUCCGAACGCAAGGUCUCCUUCAUUUCGCGCAAGGGUUCCGAUUGUCUCAGCAAAUGGGUCGGAGAAAGCGAGAAGAAGCUCGAGAAGAUCUUCUCGUUGGCACAACAGACGAAACCGUGCAUAAUUUUUUUUGACGAAGUCGACGGUCUCGCGCCUGUAAGGUCAAGUCGGCAAGAUUUUGUCCAUGCUAGCGUGGUCUCCACUCUCUUGGCUUUGAUGGAUGGCUUGGACAAUAAUUCCGAGAUCAUAGUGAUAGGGGCGACUAAUAGAAUUGACGCAAUAGAUCCCGCUCUGAGGAGACCUGGUAGAUUCGACAAAGAACUAUAUUUCCCCUUGCCUUGCUAUAGCGCCCGGAAAGAGAUACUUUCGGUACACAUUAAAAGUUGGAAACAGAAACCGGCACAGAAAUUUUUAGCGUACUUGGCGUCGAAAACAUUGGGAUUCUGCGGCAGCGAUCUGCAGGCACUUUGCGCUGAAGCAGUUAUGUGCUCGGUUCGCAGAAACUAUCCGCAAAUCUAUAAUUCUAAAUCUAAGUAUCACAUCAAUGAACGCCAUCUCAAAGUGGAAAAGGAAGACUUUCUGAAGGCGCGUCAGAAUAUCGUUCCCGCGUCCCAUCGCGUUAUCGUUGCGCCGAUCAAGAGUUUACCUUCCAAAAUCCAACCGUUAUUACAGGAGGAUCUGGCGGAAAUUCUGUCGCGUUUACAAACACUUUGUCCAACCGGCAUGCUAACUUCUGACAACAUAACAGGCAAAGCCACGUCCAAAUCGAGUGGCUGUCCGCGAAUCGUGCUAUGCGGUGACGAUGAUUCUCACACUCGUCACUUAGGACCGGCAUUGCUGCACACUCUGGAACAUCUACCUUGUCACAUUCUGGAUGUCACGACGCUGUUCGAGGAAACAGGCAAAGCAGCCGAGGAAGCUAUGAUACAAAAAAUCAAGACCGCACGUCACACUUUACCAGCGUUACUGUAUGUUCCUGAUGUCUUGACUUGGUGGGAUCUGGUGAAUGAGACGGCGAGAGUGGUUUUUACCUCCUUAAUGCGCGGUCUCGAUCGAUCGGUGCACAUGCUCGUGUUAAUGACUGUCCACUGUCGACACGCCGAUCUGCCAUCGGAGAUUGCAGAAUUGUAUGACGAUAAUCGCGGCGAGGUGUAUGAGGUGAGAUCGCCUUCACCACAAAAGCGGCGAUCUUUCUUCAAGCAAUUAUUCCUCAGUGGACCCGACAGUCUUUCCGACUGCUCCUCACAAGCGGAUCUGGUGCAAAUCCUGAGCCCGAAGAAGCUCAAGGGUGAAAAUAACAGAAAGCUGCGGAGCUACGUAUGUUCUAGCGAUUCUAACGGAUUAUUAGGAACGAAUAUCAAGAGAGAAUACAACGCAUCUGGUGAGGGUCCGCCGUCGAAACGGCAGAAACUUACGUCCGGUACGUCUUCAUCUCGAUCCAGCGCCGAAAAGCUUUUCAGUUCGCAAAUGGAGGAUUUGGUCGAAACAAUCGUUCGAUCGACCGAUGAGUGGCCGAGUCAUAUAUUGGAGAGUCUGUUCUCCUCUCUCGAACUCACAAUGGAGAACAAUGGAGACUUGCGUGCGAUGGUGAAUGAGUACGUUGUACGUUACGAGGAACUGAAACGAGCCAAAAUGCGUGCGAAACAAGAGGAAGAUUAAUCGUUAAUUUUGUGAAAACGUCCCUUCGCUUGUCAAUCGUCGCUGUGAUGUCCAAAUGCGAUGCAAAAUGCAUCGCGAUAGCCGGCAAUAAAUUCGUGAAUGUAUU